UGUAUGCAUGCCUGAAUGCACAAUCGCUGAGUCACCUCCUUAGUUUGCACAAACCCAAACACGUUGCAGCAGACGACUCGCCACAUGUCCACCCCAUGCAAACACGUCCAUGAUCACCUCCUCCAAACCGCCAUAGCCGCGUCUUUUUAACACCAUUCACUAUCAUUCCCACACUCAAACCAGAAAAACCACCAAAAAACAUAUAGGCAUACCGCGAGAAAAGAGAACAGCAAUGGCUUCUGGGCAAGCACGUAGAGAGAACACCACCAGCGAAAGAGAAAUUCACGUAGAGACAGACAAGGUCCCAAAGAUGACGAUCCACUUCGAGUCUUUGGCGGAGCAAGCCAGAGAAACUCCUCAAGAGGGUGUUGAUAGAGAGGGGAAAGCAAGAGAGACCCAUGAAGAGGAAAGCCAGUUUGAGUCUCUCACUGAUAAAGUGAGGAACGAGAAGGAGAGAGAGGAGGAGAAUGAGAAGUGGAAGGAGAAGUAUCCUGAUCAAGCGAGGAGUAGGUGUAUUGCUGAAGACAGAGUGGCUGAAGCUGGGGAAGGAAGAGAAAAAGGUUCUUAUGCUGUGGGAAAGUUUGAAGUGAAUGUUGGGGAAGAGAAGGGUGCAGGUAAAGCCAAAGGCAGGGAAGGUGAAGCUGAGACUAGAAGCGUGGAAGAGGGUCCUGAGCAUGGAGGAGAAGGCAUGGAGAUGGGAAGGAAAGAAGAGAGUCAGCAAGAGAGAGGAGGCCGCGCAGAGAUGAUCAGAAGCAAAGAAGAGGGCACUCAGAAAGGAGGAGGCAAAGAGACAAAAGAACAACAACCUUCUCUAGAAGAGAUUUCCAAGAUCAGAGCAAUGGCGCAGCAAAAUUCUUUAGAGGCGCUAAGGGCUGCGGAGGAGCGAUUCGAGAAGGCAAAAGAAACCAUCCUAGAGAAAAGUGGAGCUGUGAAAGAGACUGUAGAAGAGAAGGGUGCGCAAGCAAAGGAGGCUAUCCUAGAGAAAAGUGGGGCUGUGAAAGGGACUGUAGAAGAGAAGGGUGCGCAAGCAAAGGAGGCUAUUGGCAGCACAGCCAAGACGGCGGCUGAUUACACAGCAUCAACGGCAGGGAAAGCCAAGGAGUAUGCGCUACAAAAAGCGGUACAAGCGAAAGAAGUGGUUCUGCAUGCAGGGGAGAGCACCGUUCAUUUUGUUGAGGAGAAGGCCGUUGGUGCAAAAGAUGUGACUUUAGAAACUGGGAAGCACGCGGUUGAGUAUGCUGAGAAAGCAGCCGUCGAUCUGAAGGACAGAGCUUCCGUGGCGGGGUGGACUGCGGCACAUUACUCGUGUGAGAAAGCCGUGGAGGGAACCAAAGCGGCAGCCAGUGCUGUUAAAGGAGCGGCAGAGUAUGCCGGUCAUAAGGCUGCCGAGAUCGCAUCCAAGCCGUUGUCUGCUGCCAAGGAGGUUGCUGCGUCGACGGGAGAGAGUGCAAAGGAGUAUACAGCGAGGAAGAAAGAAGAGGCAGAGUUAGAGUUGGAGGCUAAGAGGUCAGCUGAAUGUCGGGAGGGAGAAGAUAAGAAAGGGGAAUCACAGGUACUUCAACAAACAAAGACAGAGAAGUUGGAAAAAGAGGGCAAACCGUCCGAGAAUGUCAUUGGAGAAACCUUUCAGGGAGGCGAAGAGCAUGGAAAAGGAGGAGAGGAAAUUGGGGUACUCGGGGCCAUUGGCGAAACUAUAGCAGAGAUUGCUCAGCAAACGAAAGAGCUUGUUAUUGGGGAAGAUCAAAAGCAUGAAGAGGAGGGAAGUGAUAGAAGUUUAAAUAAAUAAAUGAUUACUGGUUUUGAUGCAUGUUUGAAAGUUCAUGUCCAGAGAUGGAGGGGCAUGUGGUUAAUUAUAUAAUGCAGGGUUUGUUGUAUAUUUUUUGAGUGUGUCAAUAAAUUUGAGUCCCUUGGGUGUUUCAAUAAAUUUGUGUCAAUAACGUUUCUUCCAUC